UUCUGCCUGUAUUUUUGUCGGACCUUGUCCCUGCUAAUGGCCGCAAUGACGUGGGAGGGAAUGUUCAGGGGCACAAGUCUCCUUUGUUCCACCCCAGAAGAAAACCGUUUUGGGAGAAGGCUGUUAGGCCAGAGUGGAUUCCUUCACCUGGGAUGUUAGAGGCCCCCUCCCAUCAGAGGGGCGGGCCUGGGCUAGGCUGGGAUAUUUCUCCAGGCCUACAGGGAACCUAGCUGGAUGUGCUAAUAGCCAUAUCGAGGUGCUAGGGUGCGAGAGUUCCCGUUAAAAACACCAGCUUGAGGUGUUUUUAUAUUUUUAUUGAUUUCCUGUUCCUUCUUGGCUACAGCCCUGUAGCCUUCCUCCCCUCGCCCUUCCUAUACCCUUCACCCCUAGCCCCCUCCCUUGGCAGGUGGAGAAGCCAGUGACUGGUCCUGGUUUUCAAGUUUUCCGACCUGGCCAAGGAAUAAAUCAGACCUCAACACAGCACUAUGCUCGCCAGUUACUUUCGUUUUUCUGCUCCUUGGUUCUUUCUUUUUCUGGCAUUCCGGCAGAAACUCAAGAGAGGCACCAGUGGCGAUCCUUAACCUCCUUGCAUGCCAAAUUCUGUGUGAAUGUGGUUCCUCACUUUAGGAGAGCUCCUUUGAUUAUCUAAUAAUAGGCAGGGAACUAGGAAUAGAAUUUUGCUCAAGGACUCUGCACACUCAAAGCUGGGGCUAGGCAGUCACUGGAUAAUGUGGAUCAAGGCUUGGCAACCUCCCAAGAGCCUGGGACCUAGCAGCAGUCCCUCUGAGCUCACUUUUUGGGCACACUCAGAUCUGCCCCUUAAGAGGCUUUGUAAGCCCUGCCAUCCCUUGUGUUUCCUGCCAGGUUCCUAGCAGAAAGGAGCAGAACAAACGCUUUCUCCUCUCUUUCUGACAGUUGUGAUCCCUACAGAAUUUGACCUUGGUUGGAGAAGGCAACCUUGCUGAACUGGCUGUUGUGUUGUGAAACCAGGCUUGGUGGAAUUAUAUAUUUAUUAUAUAGUCUCAAAUAUACCAUUUCAGAUUCUGGGAGGAAUAUAAAGAGACUCAUAUUUUCUUGUGCUUUUAACUAUAUAUUACCAUGUCUAUAUUUGUUCAACACCAUGUUUAUGUGCAUGCAGAAUUUUGUUGGCUGAGAAGGCUUGGGCUAGGAGAGAGAUGGGCACAAGGAGGAGGCCCUCUGGGCAUCUCUGGUGGAAAUGUGUGUUGGAAUCAGAGUAUGUGGCUUGCAAAAAUCCAAAGAAGCCACAAGGGCUUUGGCUUAUUGCUUUUGCUAUCCAGUCUCUGGCCUGAGAAAUACUACAUCCUUCUGCUGUCUCUCUUUAUCUCCCUAAGAAGUCUGCCAACUCACAGGCUGUCUUCCAAGGAGAGAACCCAGUCAUCUUGAAAGUGAAGUCUUUGGACUCUUUCAUAGCUGUUGUGAGGCUGUGAGCAAUUCUGAUUCUGAGCAGCCAGGACUGGGCCUGGAGACUGAAAACCUUCAUAGGGAUGGAUGGCAAAGGGAUUAUAGUGGCUAAGAUGAUUUCUGGGUAGGGGUCUGGGUGGCUGCAGUCCAAGGUGAUUGAAAGAGCUUGUGGAGGAGGUAAACCUGGAGGGGCAAGGGUGCUUGUGAAUAGCUCCCCCCACCCUUUGCCUCCCUGGCUCAUUUCCUCAUGCCAGAUUUGACUGUCUGGAAGGUCCCAGAUCUGGAGACUGAUGGGGGUACAUUUUAAUCUUUUCAGUGACCUUAACCAGAGAGGCCCACUAGGAGAGAAGGUUGGUAGAGGCCCCUCUAGAAUACAAGGCCUGUGGGCCUGGAGCCCUGAGUAUGGGCCACUGUUGGGAAAUAAUUGGCCCCUUUUGCAGCUUUUCCAGGACAGACAGAACCGAAAGGAAAUACGAAUGUCAGUGGAAAGCCAUGUGAACAAAGGCGAGGGCAGGAGCAGGGCUGGGUGGCCUUUGUGGUGCUCCCAGGGCUCUUAGGUUCCUCCAGAGAAUCUCCUGCCCAGACUUGUGGCACCAGGAGCUCACAGCCUUUCUUCCAAGCUUCUCCCUCAGGCCUUCCUACUCUGGUCACACCAACUUUGGGGUGACAUUAACCCAGAAUCUUGCCCCUUCAGUAUUCCACAGCCUGUGCCAAUGCUGCCGGACGCCCUGUUUAUUGUGUCUGUGCCUUGUUUACUUGUUUUGUCUGCUGCCACCCUGCGUCAGAGACCUGCCAAACCAGCAAAUUCGCUAGGGAGAACAAAGUGCAGGGCUCUUUCAAACUCCCUCCCCCUUUCAACACCCCUCUCUCCCGCCCUUAUGCGCUCCCUCAUUUUCCCCUUCCAAAGGGAGGGAGCAGAAAUUGUUCUAAAAACUGCCACAGUUUAUGGGACAGGGGAAUUAUGGAGACACCAUAAACCCCCGGGUGUCCUGGUGUUGGGGAGAUUUCCAAACCUUCCUUCUCUUUCCUGUGGCAGCUUUUCUUCCUUCACCUUGGUAACUUGGAAAGGGGUCACAGACCCUGAGCUCAUUCUAGCUCCUCUGCCCUCCUCCUCCUGGUUCCUCCAUUCCUUUCUGCCUGAGCUUCUCUCAGACAUAUGUGGUUGGAUUUUCAGUCAGGGUAACGUUAGUAGAAUCAUAAAACUAGAUAAAGCUUGUUGCCUACCCCUCUCCUCAGCCCUCCAAAAUAUCAGUGAAUUUAUGCAAAUCCUACAAAAAUUAAAUUUCCCCUUUUGUAAGGGUCCUAUAAAUCCCCAGUCAUGUCAGGUGUAGAGUCAGAAGGGUCGAUGUUUGUCUUUAAUUUUGCUCCUGGCUAUCAACUCUAAAAUAGUAUCACUACAGUAAUAUUCUUUUUUCCUGAAACGAUCUUCUCUCCCCAUCUCUCUCUCCUUUCACCAGGAUGAAUUAAAUGCCUCUUUCAGAUCUGCUGACAAUAGAAGAUAAGCUUAUUUAUAGAGAAAUGACGAUGAGGUUUCAUUGUUGGCUUAUUGUUCUAGAACAUAAUAACAUUUUAUUUCCAAGUGGGAGAAGUUAGGCCAGGAGAAGAAACGGGGUGGGUAAGAGGGGGCUUCAUACUCAUAUAUACAACUCUUGCCAUACUUUUAUGAUUUACAUAGUUUCCAUAUGGCAACUCACUGUGAUAUCAUAAAUGCCAAGUUCUCCAGUUUUAAGUUCUCAUUAACCUCCAAAACAUUCCCAAGUAAUGGUCUACAUUCAAAGGCUGAGGAGGAACCAGAGAGCUGAGACUCCUUUGGACUAGCAUAGAAUAGUACAUUCCUCAUUGUCUGUGCUUCCUCACCUGGCAGCCUCCCGAGGCUCUAUUUGGGUAAUGCAAAGUACCCUCAGUAUUCUGGGUCGUGAUUUUUAUUUCCAGGCCAAGUACUGCUUUGCUCUCCUGAACAGUUCCAAGGCAGCUGAACUCUCAGUAGGGAUGAGAUGCUUUUCACAAAUCCUCUCCUCAGCUCAUAUUUCUGCUGCUUUGGUAUCAAGGUGGGAGACUUGAGGGCCUGGUCUCUAAAAGUCAGAAAUUAUUUUAUUCAGAGGAAGCCUGAAGGGGUCUCAGUGUGAUGGGAUCUCUUUUACUUUUGAACUUUAAGUCAGUGUUGGAGAAGCCAGACAUGGAAAAGUGGGUUUUGUGUCUGCUGAUGGCAGUAGCAGUAGCAUAGGGUAACUGGAGUGUAAGUUAGGAAGGGAGAGAAAACAGGCCAUCAGUUAGCAGGGCUGCUCUGUGUUCCUUUCUCCUGUGCUUACUGCGGUAAAGACACAGCAGCUCUAGAAGGCUCAGAACCUCUUCUUAGUUCAAAAGGCGGCUGAACCACAGCACAGGCCCUAGAGUUAUUUGGGCAAGUUUUCAGAGCUGACCCUUCUGGUCCUUUUCUCCUUCCCUCCUUACACACCAAGGACACCCCAACUUCCUUCAGCUGGUGAGCUCAAGCCUUGUCACCAAAGAUCAAGUUCCUACAACUGAAUCUGUCUCUGCGUUGGGUGUGUCAAUUUUCACUUUUCUCCCAGUGUGUCUAAGCUUGACUUUUGAAAGCAGCAUUCUUUUUUGGAAUGCACAGUAUGUACAGAGGGUGUGUGCGUUAGGAAAUCUUUCCUUAACACCUCUAGAAAAAACUGGGAGCCCUUUGGGUGAGCCCUGUUUGGCAUUCCCAAGCAGAACAGACCUCCGUUCAGGUUCUUUGGCGGCCUGCAGCGUUCUUUGCAAUUCUUUUCCUCCGAGGUCCACAGAGAUCAAAGGGGCUUGUUCACAAAACACCAGACAUUUGGAAUAGGGUUUUUUUUUAAGUUUUUUUUUUUUAAUUUAGCUAUAAGCCUGUAGAGCUAGCUGAACUCUAGAACAACAAAGCCUUAACCAAAUAGUGCGAUUGUGAGGUGAGCUGAACAAUUAUUGAACUCAGCUUUCUCUGCAAGAGGGAUUUCAGCUCGCUCCCAGUGGCACAAAAGGGGCCGAGGAGGGUAACCAUUCUGUGUCGCUGGAAAUCAAGAACUGGAGGUGGUGGAGGGGCAGUGUCCUGCAGCUGCGGUAUCUUUUAGGCUUCCAAGAGCCCAGGCAGGCGAGGGAGCUUGGAGUCCCGCGGUUCCCACUACCGCGUUGGAGUGAGCUACACGUAGUUAGGCUCGGAGGCCAGAAAUGGAGUAGGUCAGUGCUAGAGACAGUCACAGACGUCUUUGCAGAGGUGGAGAAGAUCUAGGGAGAGAGGAGACCUGCAGAACACAAAGGAGGACAUUCUGCCGAAGAAUAUCCCCGAAUAAAAAUUCCAGAUCUCACCAGGCUCAUCUUAAAUGACUUUAUUUGCCAGAGCAGAGAAGAAAGCAGAGGCAGGCAAGAUGAGGACUGCCCAUAACAUCAUUUUAGAAAUGAGUCCCAGUCUCCCCUCCCUUUUUUCUCAGUUCACAGCCAUAGGGACCCCCUACCUUUCUCCUGGCUUAGACUCCUGAAAGACUGAAAUCCGGGGAAACCCCUAACGUGCAGCCCUCAGCCUCCAGGUCAGUGACUACACCCACUCAGGCCCAAGAAGCAGGCAGUAAAUUCCUCUCCUAUAAUUAGUACUCCUGGAAAGCACAUUUCUAAUGGGGGUGGGCGGCUGGAGUGGCCAGUGGCAACUUUUCCCCCUUUAUUCCUUUUCUAAGAUUUUUAAUGUUGUUUUUAAAUCCCGUAAUUACUGCUCCCAAAGCGAAAAUCUGCUCUUGACACCAAGUCUCUUCUUAAUGCCUAAUUCAGAAAGUCGAAAGCCCACGGAUGGUAGGGCAUAGACCGGGCAGGCGGGCAGACGGGCCUAAUGGGGGGCUGUUCUGAUUCUCUAAGCUUGUGUUUUGAUGGAAACAAAGAAUGGGAAUCUCUCUGCUUCCCAAGACUUGUGCAUAUUUACAGAGCUGCACUGCAGUUUUAAUAAAACAUCUGUUCUUGCUUCUGCUGAUGAGCUUCCAUAAUUAUUUUCAGACAAAUUUAACAGGAAAAUAUAAAUAUAUUUAGAAAAACUCAAACUCCGGCCCCUCCCCCAUAGCCAGCCAGUCUUCCGCAAAGGGAGGAGAGAGCACAAGAUGAGAAGGAAAAACUAUUACCCAGUGGAGGGAAGAUCAACUCAUCUGAUCUGCUCACCCCCUUGUAGAGAAUCCUCCGAGUAAAUUUCAGCAGCAUGAUUAAAGGUCUAACUAAAAGAAAUGGUAUCUUUUCCUCCUUUAGGAAUAGAAAGGAAUGCAGGAGAGUGUCUUGGGAGUUAAUUUACCCCCAAAGUCUUUAGAUAAUGGGAAGAUAUUUGAUUUCUGCCUUCCCUGGUCUCCCCUUUCCAGCAUUUCUGUCCCCCACCCCCGCCCCAGGCAGCUGGUUUCUGUUCAUUUUAAAUCGGCGAGACCUUUCAGUCUCUGCCUCUGUUUUGGGACGUAAUAAAACACUUAACUUUUCCGGGCCUGAGACUUUACACUCUGCUCCUCGGGUCGCCCACCCCUGAGCCUACCACCUUUAGGCCCCAAAAGAGAAUCUCCCCAACUUUGGGGCCCCUUUCAUCUCUGGAUAUGAUUGAGGGGGCUCUAGGAAACUCAGGCAUCCUUGUUAGGGGACUGUAGCAGUGUUUCCCUCAAAGUCCCUUCUUUCUUUUAAGGUCACUCCCUCCCCCAACUCAUCCAUAAAAGAGAUUUAAAAAUACACAAAAAUCCACACUUAUGGAAAACAAAACUUCAUUAAGACAUCCUAUCUUCCAUCAUUCAAUUUGUUUUACAUUGCAACAAUUUAAUAUCUUGAAGGAAGUACCACUGACAUGAUUUAUUCCUCUCGCAAUCUCAUUCUGAAAUAGGGGGGAAAUUUACUCUUUCUUGCUGUGGCUUCUACUUGCUACACCGCUACCCUCGGGGCAGACAGGACGCUGGGAACUUUGAAAAGAGGCUACUGGUGUCCAGGAGUGCACUGACUUGCUCCCUAGCUAAGCCCCUCAGUUAGCUCUUUCCCUGCCUCUUGCCCUCCAGGGGGGCUGGAGACUCAGCCAGCUGUUGGAAACCUCUGCCCAGACAUGCCAUGAAUUCAAGUACAGAUGAAUUGGAGAGCUAAAAGCAGCACACUACUGUCUGUGUUGGGGGAGCAACUGCUAUGCUACCCCCAGAUGAGAUAACUUUUAAAAUCCCUUUCUGCCUCCUCCUCUGCCUUCUUCAUCUUGGAAAGAAAAUAGUAUAGUCCAAGGGAUAGAAACUUUCAUAAUUACAGGGCUUUUUCCUCUGCUCCCCUAAGUUCCAGCAGUUUCUCUCCUUUCCAAAGGCAGGGCUGGAUUUUUAAAAAGCCAACACAAUUGUCUGGCAGGAAGACUUCUCAACUCCCUAAAGAGUUUCAUGUAUUAACUAACAUUUUGUCUGCACUAGUUCCUACACACUGUCUGCUUUGGGGUUCUAAACUUUAUCCCCCCCCAACCUCGUGACACUCCAGGGAAACCUUAACAUUACAGAAGAUGAAGAAACGAGUUUUUUCCCCAGCGUAGUCCCGUUUAUGGCUUUAUUGCUGCCCAUUGAUUACUCCGCUUUGUUACACAGAAGGAAAAGAUCAUAAAACCCAGCGACAUCCGGGUUCUUGUUAUAGAACAACAAAAAAAAAAUAGUGAGGGGGAAAACGUGAGUUUUCGCUGCUUCCUUCCUGUGUCUUGCCAGCCUCCCUUUGUCAGCUCCAAGUAUUUCCAGCCUAUGUCGAUAUCAAAUUCAGUUUGGAUUAACCAGAGGGAAACCCCAGCUGCACACCUUCUGCUGUUUUGGUUCUCUUUACUGCAGCUCCCUGAAGCCCUACAAACUGCUCUGUUCUAAUCUCCUCCCUUUGCUCAGCCUCAAGGUGGGGAGGAAAAUGGAGGUAAGGGCUUCUGAGCACCUAGAGGUGACUGGCUGGGUGAGAACCCAAGUUCCCCAGGAGUCCUUUCCCAGGGUCUUCUAUCUAGCCUUACAGCUCAGGUCCAGGGCUCCAUUCCUGAAUCCAGAGCAGAUAGGGUCUUGUGACCUGGGCAGUGGCUUGAGCCUGCUGGAAGAUAACUAACUGUUCAUGGCAGUCCCUUCCUCAUUCAGGCUGCAUAGUAUGUGAACUACCCCACUGGCCUGAGCUUGUUUCAAAUCAUAAAUUUCACCAACAUAAACAGGAGUUGAUGUCUUUAGAAAGAAUCUCAGAGUCUCUCUCUCUCUCUCUCUCUCUCUCUGUGUGUGUGUGUGUGUGUCUCUGUGUGUGUGUAUGUAUUGUUAUACAUGUUUUCUUUUAAGUAAAAAUGUUGCAGGAGUUUCCCCAAAAAGGGACCUGGGGAGGAGCAGUAGGCUGGGAGGCAGAAAAGAGUAGCUACUUACUUCAGGACCCCACUAUACCCCAUGGUCUCACCCUUCGGAUCAACUUGUCACCCUUCAGAUGGACAUAUCCUCUAACCCAAGACUCAGAGACACUGUCUUCCUCUGUGCGCCAUGUUUCAGGAAAUCUCCCUUUCCUUUUAAUUUUUUUAAUUAUUGGAAAAAUAUGCUGUCUAGUGAUGGGGCUCACUUCAUGAGUGGCAAGCUAGAAUGUCUUGUAGAAUUUCUGAGGACUUCCUCCCAGUGCGAAGGAUCUCCUCAGAUGAAGCAACCAGGAUGUAAUGUUAGAAAAGGGGCAAAUGCAAAAGAUGAAAUCGAACUGAAAACACAAAGAUUUCUCUCGAUCUGCAUUUGGCCAGAGCACAAUAAAGUUAGCUGGGGCAGAGAUUUCCUUUCGCAGCAGGGUAGGGGCCCUGCUCACGGACCUGCACCCCACCAACACCAGUUCCCUUACAUAUAUAUUCUUAAAGGAAAUCCAAGUCUUACUUUCAAAGCACACACUUAGUCUCAACUAGGGAAUCAACAGAAGCAGAAGCGAUUUUUUUCCCCCUUCUUGACAUCUUGCUUGCGAUUGGCUAGAAGGGGGUCAGCUGACUUUGUCAUUUUGUCUGUCCUGGAUUGGAGCCGUCCCUAUAACCAUCUAGUUCCGAGUACAAACUGGAGACAGAAAUAAAUAUUAAAGAAAUCAUAGCCCGACCAGGUAAAGGCAAAGGGAUGAAUUCCUACUUCACUAACCCUUCCUUAUCUUGCCACCUCGCCGGGGGCCAGGACGUCCUCCCCAACGUCGCCCUCAAUUCCACCGCCUAUGAUCCAGUGAGGCAUUUCUCGACCUAUGGAGCAGCUGUAGCUCAGAACCGGAUCUACUCGACUCCCUUCUAUUCGCCACAGGAGAAUGUCGUGUUCAGUUCCAGCCGGGGGCCGUAUGACUAUGGAUCUAAUUCCUUUUACCAGGAGAAAGACAUGCUCUCAAACUGCAGACAAAACACCUUAGGACAUAACACACAGACCUCAAUGGCUCAGGAUUUUAGUUCUGAGCAGGGCAGGACUGCGCCCCAGGACCAGAAAGCCAGUAUCCAGAUUUACCCCUGGAUGCAGCGAAUGAAUUCGCACAGUGGGGUCGGUUACGGAGCAGACCGGAGGCGCGGCCGCCAGAUCUACUCCCGGUACCAGACCCUGGAACUGGAGAAGGAAUUUCAUUUCAACCGCUACCUAACCCGGCGCCGGCGCAUCGAGAUCGCCAAUGCUCUGUGUCUGACCGAGCGACAGAUCAAAAUCUGGUUCCAGAACCGCCGGAUGAAGUGGAAAAAAGAAUCUAAUCUCACAUCCACGCUUUCGGGGGGCGGCGGAGGGGCAGCCGCCGACAGCCUGGGCGGGAAAGAGGAAAAGCGGGAGGACACAGAAGAGGAGAAGCAGAAAGAGUGACCAGGACCCUGCACCCCUCUCUCCUCCCUUGCUCCUCCCAGCUCCCCGAGUCACAUACUCUGUAUUUAUCACUGGCACAAUUGAUGUGUUGUGACUUCCUAAAAAAAAUAGGGAGUCAGACGUGGACCUGCAAGUCAGCUCUGGACCCCCUCCCGCACUGCACAACUCUUCACAGGCCUCCUCCUCUAGCUCCCCUCGCUAGCUCCUUCUCGGCUUAUCUGCAGGCCCCUUCCCUUGCCCAGGCCUUGGGGACACGGUCCCUGAACCACGCUUCAGACUCUACUGACGUCCCUCCAAUUGAGCCCUAGGCUCUCUCCCCACCUCGAGGCCCUGAACUCUCGCCCCCGCGCAGAUAGCCGGCUCCUAGGCCUGGGGCCUCCACUCCAGGGCCUCAGGGCCCGGCCUGGCAGCCGGAGGGCGGGAGGCCUCAGGAGGGCGCGCCUUGGCCCUACAACAUCCCCCACCUUCACCCCGGGCUUCUCCCCAGUUCCUGCACAGCCCCUCUGCCCCAGCAAAUGCCCAGUCCAGGCAAAUUGUAUUUAAAGAUUCCUGGGGGGUCAUUAUGGCAUAUUACGAACUGUGACCGUUUCUGUGUGAAUAUUUCUAGCUGUAUUUGUGGUCUCUGUAUUUAUAUUUAUGUUUAGUACCGUCAGUGUUCCGAUUUCAUUUUUAAAAGGAUUAAAAAAAGAGGGAAAAUAGCAAAAAGAGAAAAAAAGUGAAUGACGUUUGUUUAGCCAGUAGGAGAAAAGAAAGAACGAAAGAAAGAAAGAAAGAA